AUGACCGGACGCGAGUCCAAUCGUAUAAAGGAUGCGGAGAAGAAGCGUGUACUUGAUGAAGCUGCUCGACAACGGCGCGCACGCAAGGCGCUUGAAGCGCUCGAACAAGAUAAUUUUCACGAAGAUCCACAUGCAGAUUUGGUGAUGUCAAAGAAAUUGCCGAAAUUUCAAGAUGGUAUCAAAAACACUAAAGAAAAGAAGAGCAAACGUAAAGGUGCCGAAUACUAUAGGGCGAAGUAUCGUAAAAAUUUUCCACAGCUACUUGAAGAAUGUAGGCAGAAUUCUACGGAUGCACCAAACUAUUUGAAUGCUUUGGCACCCGCACCAAAUAAGCCUCCACGACGGUUUUGUGCUGUUUGCGGUAAUUUUUCCAAAUACACUUGCACUGCGUGUGGCACACACUACUGCUGCAUUCGUUGUCUGGGCACACAUCAGGAUACACGUUGCCUCAAAUGGACCGCUUGAAGCUUUCUUAAUUUAAUUGGAUUAUUAUUUUAGAAUUGUAAAGUAUGAUUUUAUGAUAUUACCAUGCGUUAUGACAAGUUGUGAGUGCCCUAAUAGUUACAUUGGUCUUUUAUAAUGCGCUUUAAAGUAUGAUAUUGAACUAUUAAAUUAUAUGAAACCACAACCAAGUCUUCAAACAAAAAUAAAGAAAUUGCAAAUAUUAAUUUUAUAUUCUGGCUACAACUGCAACAACAACAUUAAUUGUAGAUUCAAGCGCUCCUGUGUGAAAGGUACAUCUAUUUAUAAAUAAUCUGCAACGACCGCUACAACUCGCCUAAAUUUGGUGAAAAUUCUCUGAAAAUUUAUUUACUUUUGUUAUUGUCCAGAGAUAAGACGGAACGCAACGCCAGCUGCAAAUAAAAUUUCCUUUCGCUAAUUUCACUUUCAUUCGAAUUUCGUGAGUGAUAUCGGUGGUGAGCAAACUGUUGCGGCUGGUUGUUAGCCACCACAAACAUAUUUACAUACUGAGAUACCGUUACAUUAGAGUGUUACGAGAUAACAACAAAAAAAAAACAAAAACAAAUACGCGCAUAAAGUCUAAUUAACACAACACACCUUACCACCAGCAAAA